AUGGUGUCUAAAGUCCUUGAUGCCUACUAUGAUGUUCUAGAAGAUCCGGCUGGAGUAGAAGUUGACCUAGAUAAACUUCUUCAAGAGUUAGAAGCCGAAUGCAAUUCUAUUGCAAGAAAAUGGCCCUGUCAAGAAAAAGAAGCUAUCGAAAUAGAACCUUGUCAACACAAUAGAAUCAUUGUUAAAAAGAAUAGACAAGGAAUGAAAAUUAGAGCUUAUGAAGAUGAUGUCACCAGACACAUCUUACUUAAAGAUGAUGCAGAAAAAGAUGAACCAAUGAACAGCAGACAUGGCUUGGGAGAUGAGCUAGAAGACUUGAUCGACUACUGA